UCCUUUAUUCACCCUCAAAAAAAAAAAAAAAAAGGAGGAGAAUUAUUCAUGAUGAAGAAAUCCUCGUAGAGUGAAAUCAAAUCCCUCUCCAAAACGCCGCCGUUUCAAUGUUCCCGAAUUCCCUUGUCAUCUUGGCGGAGGCACAUUUCUUCGCCAGUAGCAGCGCGCCACUCUGCCUCAGACUCAGACCUCCUUACGACGACGGCGUGGAGACUCCGAUCUUGUCUAAUCCAUCUAUUCACAGGUAAACGUGGUCAUAUUCCGGCCAAAAAAAUGUGUUUUUCUCCUCUCAGAUGUCACGUUGGAAUGAGGAAUUCUGUUACCAUGUAUUCCGGUAGGAGUCUGUCUUACAUGAAAGCAUUGGGUAGUUUCCAGUAUAAAGGGUUUGAAAGCCUGAAGCAGCCAUUACAUACUUCCACUGAUAAUGAUGACGACUUUGAAGAAUUGGGUGAUCCAGUGGAAAAAGGUUUACCUAUGCCUAUAAAAUUGAAGACAGAAAAGCCUGAACCUUAUAGAUGGAAAGUAAAUGCUAUCCAAAAAGGUUCGUGUGGCUCAUAUUUGAAGGAAUGGGGAAGCUCCAGCUUGAAAGAUAUGCCUCCAGAAGCACGGAAUGGUUUUCCAGCUUCUGGUCUGAGACUUGAUAAUGAGAAAAAGUCUUCUGACUCCAGAAUUUCACGUUGUGUUACAAUUGAGAAUGUACCUUCUAUAAUCAAACCUUCACAGUUGAGAGAGGCAGUUUCAGCUUUUGGCACGGUCUCAAUAGUUUCCAUGAGAUCAGUAGAAAAUGGACUUGAUUGCUGUGAUGUUGAAUUCCAGAGUACUGAAUCAAGCCAGAAAGCAAUAGAGACUGGCAGUGUCACAAUUGAUGGCUUCAAUCUUGCAAUUCAUCCUGUGCAUGUCUUUCAAACUAUUGCCAUCAGAAUCAGCAACAUUCGCUCAGGAACGACUGAUUCCACCAUACACUCUGUAUGUACAUCCUGUGGUCCUUUGGAGGGGCUCAUGAGGGUAGAACAAGAUACCGUGGAUGUUUUCUUUAGAGUGAGGACCAAAUCUGAUAUUCAAAGAAUACUAAACAAAUUGGACGCCACAUUCAUGGAUACAUUCCGAUGGUCGGCCAAAUUUCAACCUAUAAAUUCUACCUCAGUGACAAUGACUGAUAAUGAUGACGGCAAUGAUGCUCUUUGUGACUUGGAGUUAAUCGACAUAAGAUUGGAUGAAUUGAGAAGGGAAAUCAUUUGGAAGAAGAUUUAUGCUGAAGACCUAAAGUGUCUACAUGAUUCCUUGGUUUACCUCAAAAAUCAUCCCCAAAUGCAGUAGCAACCUCUCUGAGAAAUGUUAAGGGGAUUAGUGAGAAAAUGAAUGUCAAAUUUUGAGAUCUCCAUUCUGAUUUUGAUUAUUAUUUCUGAGAAAUCCCAUGGGAAAAUGAAUUUUAAUAUUAACUGCAGAAUUAAUCCCUAAAUUUGAU